UGAAAAAUGAGUAUCAAGAGUUCCUCCUAUCCAUUGUGGCUUUGGCGCUACCAGAAACCAUCCUGGAUAUCUGUUUCUUCCCCGAAGAGUUUAACAACCAGAAGCCACUUCUUCAAUUUCAAUUUCAAUUUCAAUUUCAAUUUCAAUUUCAAUUUCAAUUUCAGUUUUAAUUUCAAUUUCAAUUUCAAUUUCAAUUUCAACCCAAACACCACACUCAUUCUUUAAUUCCCUCUCUUAAUUCAUGUGAAUUUAUCACCAUCAAAAUCAAUGUCUCUCGUACCCACUCGCCAACUUCACCCAUUCAUCGAUUCAUUUCACACUUCUUCUCCUAGUUUCAAUUCUCUUCGCUUCUUCACCUACAACCUCACCACUUACAAAACACCCUCCACCAAUUUCACUUUUAAAAAAUACCCCAUUUUACCCCGCAACACUUUCUCCACUCAUACCUGGUUGAAACAUUGGAAUCAACCCUCUUCCAAACACAAUCGUCCAAAACCUCCACGUGCCGUUCUUAAUUAUCGAAAUUCCGGAAAUGGGCAUUCAUCAAAAUCCCAUUUUUCGAGCUCUGAUGAUGAAGAUAACAAUGGUGGUAGUACCAUGGAUAGGAUUGUUGAGAAACUGAAGAAAUUUGGGUAUGAUGAUGAUGAUGAUGAUGAGAAAAAGGAUCAUAAUACAAAAGAGAGAGUAAUUGAAAAAGGGUCAGUGGAGGAUAUUUUUUAUGUGGAAGAAGGAAUUUUGCCUAAUACAAAAGGUGGGUUUUCAUCAGAAUCUCCAUUUGGGGUUGGCAGAUUUGGAAGUGAUGGUGGUGAAGUUAGGUUUCCAUGGGAGAAGAAGACAGUGGUGGAUGAUGAAGAGGAAGAAGAUAGGAAGGGUUUGAGGAAGAAAAGUAAGACAUCUUUGGCUGAAUUGACACUUCCUGAAUCUGAAUUGAAGAGGUUGUUAAAGUUGACUUUUGAGAAGAAGCAUAAGACAAGAAUUGGGGGUGGUGGUGUUACUCAAGCUGUUGUUGAUAAGAUUCAUGAGAGGUGGAAGACUUCUGAGAUUGUUAGGCUUAAGUUUGAAGGUGAUGCUGCUCUUAACAUGAAGAGGAUGCAUGAGAUACUUGAGAGAAAAACUGGUGGUUUGGUGAUUUGGAGAUCUGGCAACUCUGUUUCCUUAUACAGGGGUGUGAGCUACAAGGAUCCGUCAAUACAACAUAAUAAACAGUUAUAUAGGAAAAGUGAAAACUCUUCUAAGUUUUUAUCAAAACCUUCUAAUAAUUUUGCAGUGAAACCUUCUGAACUUACUUCUAAUUCUGAGACAAAUACAUCAUUGGAAAAAUUAGAAUCUACAAAUGAUCAGAAAGAAAAAGACAAUCUGCCAAAAUUAACUUAUGAAGAUGAAGUAGACAAGUUAUUGGAUGGUCUAGGUCCUAGAUAUACAGAUUGGCCUGGGUGUGAGCCAUUGCCUGUCGACGCAGAUAUGCUUCCUCCAACCGUUCCUGGUUACCAACCUCCAUUCAGAGUUCUUCCUUUUGGAGUGAGACCGACACUUGGUUUAAAGGAGGCAACUUCUCUACGAAGGAUUGCUAGGGGACUCCCUCCACAUUUUGCAUUAGGUAGAAACAGGCAGCUUCAAGGUUUAGCUGCAGCCAUGAUCAAAUUGUGGGAAAAAAGUUCUAUUGCAAAAGUUGCACUCAAACGUGGUGUGCAGCUAACUACCAGUGAGAGAAUGGCAGAAGAGAUCAAGAAAUUGACAGGUGGUACAAUACUGUCGAGAAAUAAAGACUUCUUGGUCUUUUUUCGAGGGAAGAGUUUUUUAUCAUCAGAUGUCACUGAAGCCUUGCUAGAGAGGGAAAGAAUGGCAAAAGCAAUGCAGGAUGAGGAGGAGCAAGCAAGAUUGAGAGCGUCAUCGUUGCUCAUACCAGCUAUUAAUACAUCCGAGUUGUCAGUGGCAGAGGCUGGAACUCUCGGUGAAACUUUGGAUGCAGAUGCAAAGUGGGGAAAGACGUUGGAUGAGCGUCACAAGCAAAAAGUUAUGAGAGAAGUAGAACAACUACGGCAUGCCAACCUCGUUAGAAAGUUAGAACAGAAGCUUUCACUUGCUGAAAGAAAGAUAAUGAGAGCUGAAAAAGCCCUAAUGAAGGUGGAGGAGUCUUUGAAGCCAUCAGAAAACACAGCAGACCCUGAAAGUAUAACCGAUGAAGAGAGAUUUAUGUUUCGCAAACUAGGAUUGCGAAUGAAAGCUUUCUUACUUCUAGGUAGACGCGGAGUUUUUGAUGGUACUGUCGAGAACAUGCAUUUGCACUGGAAGUAUCGCGAAUUGAUCAAGAUAAUUGUAAAGGCUAAAAACUUUGAACAGGUAAAGAAAAUCGCACUAGCGCUUGAAGCUGAGAGUGGUGGUGUUCUGGUUUCAGUUGACAAAGUUUCAAAAGGAUAUUCUAUACUUGUUUACCGGGGAAAGGAUUACCAGCGUCCUUCGACAUUGAGACCAAAGAAUCUCUUGACAAAGAGAAAGGCUCUUGCACGUUCAAUCGAGCUUCAGCGGCAUGAGGCACUUUCGACUCACAUUUCAACAUUGCAAAGUAACAUGGAGAAGUUAAGAUCUGAAAUAGAACAAAUGGAGAAAGUAAAGGAGGAAGGAGAUGAAGCAUUGUAUAACAAAUUAGAUUCGGCUUAUUCUACAGAUGAUGAUAAUUCUGAGGUGGAGGAUGGUGAGGAAGGAGAUGAGAUCUAUAAUAGUGAAGAUGAUAGCGAAGUUGAAAGUGAUACUAUGUAUUUCCAAUCUGAGGAAUUCGCCUCGUAGUUGAAGGUCAAGGGUUGUGAUUUUUUUGGAUUCACGACACCUAUGUAAAUCGUUAAUGGCACUCAAAUACAUUGGAAUGCAGCUGAUUGAGGAAGAAUGUAAGAGCUCGGUCGUUCGGAUCAAACCACCGAAAAGUUCAAGCUCAAUCCAAUGAGAUUGUCAUAGGGCAUGCAAUUGGACGCUGUCCUGAAUGUAAUUGCUUAUACAGUGUUUCGGUUAGUAUAAGAUGUAUGUAUAUACAUUUCUUGGUUAUGAAGUUCUCUAGAAUUGAAUAAGUCGAUAGGUCUUUUAACAUAUGGCUGAGGAAUAGGACAACUAUAUAAAAAACAUCUACUGAUUGUGAUCAA